AUGGCAGACCCUCUAUCGCUAGCCGCGAGUCUUGCCGGCCUUGUUUCACUUUCCGACGCUGUCUUUCGCCAUGUUUACAAAUAUGUCAGAGGUGUCGCGGAAGCGAAGGAAGAAAUUACGAAGAUCGCACAGGAGCUCCACUCUUUCACAGGCAUUCUGAGGAGCGUUCAAGUCCUUGCCCAGAGUUUGGAAGAAGAAGGAGACACAUACGACCCAGCAAUACGCGUACAUCAUGUCUACCACUGCGAGCAGACUCUCAACAAAAUCCAUGACAGGAUGAAAAGGGCAGCGCAGAAAGUGGAGAAGGGUAGACCAAGGAACUGCGUAAAGCAGCAGCUCAAAUGGCCGUUCUCAAAAUCAGAGGCACAAGAAGUCUUGAAUGAGCUUCAACGUCACAAGAGCCAGAUGAAUCUCGGUAUUGCGACUGAUUCGAUGCAUAAAAUGCAAAUUCUUCUCUCGAGACAGAACGAAACGGAUAUCAUAGUCUGCGAGACACGUCAAGUAGUUCGGGAAUUACGGACUGAGAUUCUUGUUGAUGGUAAGAAGAGACGAGUCCUAGAAUUCUUCAUGGAUACAAAGACAGUCAACCCACAGACAAGUUUGGAUACGAACAUCAAGAUGCGACAUCCUAUGACUGGGCUCUGGUUGACGGAGUCUCCAGUAUUUAUUCAAUGGCUCGACACGCCCGGCUCAAAAAUCUGGCUCAGUGGUAUCCCUGGAGGAGGGAAGACUGUUUUGGCCGGUGCAGUGAUCCAAGAAGCACUUACCCAUGCGUCUCCAACGCCCACGAUCGGCGCCGCAUUUUUCUUCUGCGACUAUAAGAAUGAGCAAACACUCAAAACCAUCAACAUCAUUGGUGCUCUGGCUUCGCAAUUAGCUCGCCAGAAAGACGAUGCAUUUAGUCUACUCCAAGACUACUACGAUGAACUACAUCCUACAGACAGUCUUCCAAAGGCAGCAGAUUCAGAUGAACUCAGAGCCCUAGUAGGGAAGAUAUGUGAGCUAUUCGACCAGGUUCUCGUUGUGGUAGAUGGCAUAGACGAGUGCGGAGAUAGCAUGGACGAGGUCGCAGAAAUGCUAUCUGACCUCGCCAGCAGCUCCCAGAAAAUGUCCAUGGCAAUAUUCAGCAGACACGACGUUGCAAUUGCUAGACAAAUUGAAGACGAUUUCAAGCUCAUUUCAAUCGCAGCCCGAACUCAUGAUAUCGAACUCUAUGUCAGGGCUGAGCUGGAAUCACUGAUAACCAGGGGCCGACUUCGGACCACGAGUGCGAAGCUGAAAGACGACAUAAGAGAAGCACUGGUAGACAAAGCAGAGGGAAUGUUCCGGUGGGUGACAUGCCAACUGGACUACCUCUGUGGCUUCUCGAGCGACUACGAACGGCGCAAGGCACUUGGAGAGCUCCCGCCCACCUUGCACGAGACGUACCUCCGACUUCUGCAGAGAUUAAGCACGCUGCCUCCUUCAACCAAAUCAAAAAUUCAGAUGUGCCUACAUUUCAUUGCGUUUUCUCCAAUUCGACUGUCGAUAAUCAAUCUCCGAUGUGUCAUCUCGACGCCUGAGGUUGUCGGAUCCCGUCUUGACGACGACAACAUGGUCUCUGAAGAAGAUAUUGCAUAUAUGUGUGGUAGCCUGCUUCGAAAGUCCGACGACGGAGAUUUCUUUGAAUUUGCGCAUUUUUCAGCGAGAAGCUAUAAACUGCUCGCCAUGCAGAGUCUCCGCUUUGUGCAGCUUUCGAACUACGAAGUUGAGAUAACGGAUCCGACAUCGUUGAUCAAUCAUCACAAGGCUGUUUGGAAUGCUCGAAAAAAUCCUUACGAUUCCUUCCAUAAUUUGGCCGCCAGGCUCUCAUUGAAGUUGUCAAAAAGUGAGCACUUGAAUCCCACAUCGGGAGGCUUGAUGAAAUCAUUGUUCCAUCCGCGCAAGUCCUCAUCAUUUCUUCUGUUCGCCACUUCUAUCUGCGUCGAAAUGAUACUUCAUUGCAUUCGAAAUGGUUUGAUGGAUGCCAGACAAAGAAAUCAGUAUGACGAGCUUGCGGAAAGACUUCUGCGUGACGAGUUUCAACCAAUUCAUUUCGCGGCGGCUCUGAACCUUCCGGAUAUCUGCUGCUAUCUGAUAGAAACCGGAAGUAAUCCGAAGGCCGCUUGCUCGUUUGGCUCUCCAUUUCAAUUGUCUAUCGCAUCAAUCUUGAGCCUCAUAUUCGAUGGUUGCGACUCGACUCCCAUCGAGCAACACUGUCAACACCUCUAUGGCCCGAUCAACGCGACUCUUGCCACAAGUCAUCAGCGCAAUUCGACGUUCAAAGUUUUUGAGCGCACAUCUUUGAAACCUAUGAACCUAAGCUCAUCAGAUCGACAUCUGAAUCAAUCUAUGGUUUUGCACGCGAUCAUAAUCGCAUUCAUUCAGAAUGACUUCUGGGUACUACAGAUGGUGCUAGCCAGCGGCAUGACCUUGGAAGACAACAAAUACAUUGGGUUGCUCCGAAAACUGAUGGACCGAUCAGCUGUCGAUAUGCAACGCAACGAAAAACCGCUUCUAUCCUUUCUUCAAUACAUUAGUUCUGCGUUGGAGGCCGAGUCCGGGUGGCAACUUGACAUUGGUCGCCUGAUUUGGAAUACUGCUGUCGAACUGGGCCUAUCUUUUCCAAAAGAUCCGUCUUCGACAGAUUUACGUAUUUCAUUAUCAAAGCACGCCUUAUUGAGCAGAGCGUUUGCCACAAUCAAAGGGCAUGAUUUUGACGGCCUCCAAGAAUGUCUCCUUGACGGCCGACUGGAUCUAUCCCAGAGAUAUCCAGACCCCGAGGAACGGCGAACCAACGACAAACAUCUAGAAUUGACCCUUUUCCACUUUGCAGUGCUCGAAGAUAAUGCUGAAGCAAUUCGGCUUUUGGCACAGGCCGGAUGUGAUCCCAAUAUGUCGUCAAUUGAGAUUGACCGCCAGUGGCGUCCAAUACAUGAUGCCCACAGCAUUGAAGUGGUCGAGAUGCUGCUUGUGUAUGGUGCGAAGGCCACGGAUGUUGAGGCGUCUACAGGGUUCAAUAUUUGGCAUCGCUAUGGGUUAACCCCAGAUGACGAGAGCGAAUUCUAUGCCUCUCUUGCAAAGCAACACCCUUCAGAGACAGCGGAGGCACUUCUGAUGAAAUCGAAAGAUGGGCAAACGCCACUGAGUGGUAUUCUGACGCGAAGCUCCUCGUCCACACCAAGCGCAGACCUCGUGGAGAGAGUUAUAGCACUCAUUGCAAUUUGUCAAGGCAUUGCGGAUUUCUGGUCAAGGCAUGACCCGUUGUUCGGAGCCGCAGCAGCGUUUGGAUCUGAGAAAGUCAUUCGCCGUCUGAUUGACGUUGGGGCGAGAUUAGACACAAUUGGACCUAACAUCGAGACGCCGUUGCAUCGUAUCGGAAUUCAUUGCUCGAGAGCCGCAGUUCAUUCCCUAAAGGUAUUGUUUCCGACGGCCUUGGCCAUGAGGUUUGAAGGCCAGCUCCCGUUGCAGCGCUACCUCGCAAAGUAUUCGCAAUUCAAACAUCCAAUUGACGAUGACGUGGCACAAGAAUUUAUUUCAGCUGCAGACCUCGAGUCGAUUGACGGCAAGGGAACUACCAUGUGGGAGUACUACUGCCGAAUCAGUUCCACUGUUCAAGGCACGCACAGCCAGUCCAUCAAGAAAAGUAGUCUUAGGCUUCUGUGGGCUUGGCUUUUGGGAAAGCAUGCCGCAAUGCAGGUCUACGAGAACAACACAGGAAAAAGUGGUCUGAGCCUCCUUCUCUCGCACAUAACCGGGCGGUACUUGACCCGGGAAUGGGUCUCUCGAAUUUCUCCUCAGGGGCUUUCCCGGGCGAUCGGGGCUUCGCGCUACUGGGAAACAGCCAAGAGCGAACCUAACGUGCUGCGCUUUCUGCAAUUGGCAAUCAAGACGGGAUCAUAUCAGAUUGUUGACGUACUACUUGAGCAUGACGUCAGCGUCGUCGAAUCAGUGGAUGAUUACAGUUCAGUCCAGAUUGCCUGUCAGUCACCGCUCGCGGUGUCACUCUGCUCGGCGGCGGAAGGAAGAGACCUUCUUCGCAAAAUUCUGGAUCUUGCCAAUCCGAAACACCUCGACGACUAUAACAAAAAGGGUUUGACGAUUCUGCACAAUCUGGCCACCGAAGACGAAGAGGGGGCUGGGCAGUUGCACUGGUUGAUCAAAUUACUUUUGGACAAGGGUGUGGAUAUCAACAAAAAGGGGCGAUUUCGCAACAAAUACACCCCUAUUGCUUACCACAUUGACAAAUCCUCAUUGGUUUGUGCCGAUUACUUGCUAGAAAUGGGAGCUGAUCCGGGAAUGGCCGAGCCUUUGUUUGCGGAUGCCGUGAUGGAAGCAUCUUUCCGCGGUUAUCAAUCAUUCUUGGACAAGGUGCUGCAGCUCCCAAAAAGCCCUGGUUCACUCAUUGACUGGGAAAGGGCAAUCAAUGCUAAUCUCACGCUCGAAAACGGAGAGGGGGUAUAUCUUGCGAACAUCAAUGCGGUCCACUUCGCGAGUUGGGGAGGUCAUGUGGAAUCCAUACAAUUCUACAUCAAUCAUGGCCUGGUUCAAAAUCUCGAGAUGACUUCGUCUACAGGUUGGACGGCGAUGCAUGUUGCCGCCCUGGCAGGCAAAUCCCAUAUGAUUGAGUAUCUUAAUUCAAGAGGUUGUAGCGUCAUGCCGCAAACAGAGUACAAGGCCACGCCAUUGCACAUUGCCGUCCAAAAUGGACAUGAAGAGGCAAUCAAAACGUUGAUUCAACUCGGUGCGGGAGACGUCCCAGAUGCCAUCGGAAUGACCCCGACGAUGUAUGCUUCGAAAGCCAAUGACAUACCCAUGCUCCGGCUGCUGACUGAGAUGUUGGCACAAGAGAAAGCUCGCUUGAAAGAAUCGCAGAUUGACCUGCUGCCUCGCAAGCUUCCAGGAAUUUACGCCGACGUGGUCGAAAAGGCUAUCCGAGCUGAUGAUAUCGAUGAGUGCAAAAGGCUAUUCAAAAUUGGCUACCCACUCGACGUCAAUUUGAAGGUUCCCGACGGCGCGACGCCUUUGGCUUUCGCGCUACACCUAGGGCGUCUCAGUAUUGCGGAAUGGCUGUUGGAACAAGGUGUUAUGGAUACGAAGACGGGCAUGUGCCCUAUUCGUAGCAAAAACCAUGAGCAGCUCAGUCUGGUUGAUAUUGCCAUCAUGCGGCCGGAAAUGGGAAGACUACUAGGAAAAUUGGUUGGAAUUUGCCUAAAAGAUGGGUCGGGAUGGCCACUCAUAAACAAUCACAGUUUCAUGACUGCCAUCGGGGAGCAAAAUACUCAAGGACUCAUACAGUUGUUGGAAGUUCUGGAGCAGAUGGCUACUGAAAUAAGCGCUCUUACAAACCUACAACCGGCCGAGGUAUUAUACGCUUUAAUAAACAAGGAAGAUGAGACCGGCCAAAAAGGACGGCGCCAAACUGCGUUGAGCUUCGCAGUGAAACGGAACAACAUAGCAGCUGCCCGCCUUUUGUUGGAGAAGGGCGCAGAAAUCGACAAACCUGAUUCAAUGGGACGAACGGCACUAGUCGUGGCUAGAAGUCAAGAGAUGAUGACGCUACUUAUCAGUCAUGGCGCCUCGUUGACCAGUCGCUUUGCGGAAAGUCUCUACGGCUGGCUUAAUUGGGAUCCAAAAAUUUUCACAGGCCGGAUGUCCGCGUAUAUGGAGAAGACUGAGCAUGACACACCGUACACCGUUCCUUUCUCGCUCGCAGCAGUAGUCUCUGAUUCGCGGGCAGCUCUUGCCUACAAGGCACCGAUCGUGCGCCCAACUCAUCUUUUGGCCAUUCUCAAAGCGGAUAUCAACUUGCAUGAGGAUCCGGGGUCGGGCAUAUCACUCAUGCAUCUUGCGAUAGUGAACAAGGCUUCCUCAACCUUUGUCUUGAAUAAAGGCUUGGAUUUGGAGAGCACGCUCCCGUUCCCGUGGCAUCUCCUGUUUCUCUCGCCAUUGACCUUCAUAAACUCCAUGUUCGGACAGUUUCGAAGAAAAGUCGGGAAGGAAAAUUUGGCUAGGAUUGCCCAUCUCCAGCCAAAGCGAGGAUGGAGCCCGUUGUGCUGGGCAGCUUCUAGGCACAAAAUAAGUAUCGUUCAGAACUGCCUUUCUUUAGGAGCGGAUGUGGACUUUGAAGGCAGUCCCCAUGGCUCUGCUCUUAUGGUAGCCUGCGCCUGUGGAUACCUGGAAAUAGUACGGAUCUUGGUGCGAGAAGGGGCGAGUAUUUCAUACAAUGGGGAGAAUGGGCAUAAAAAUGUCUUCGAUUUUUGCCGAUCGAAAAUCGUCAGGCAUUGGUUACUUGUUGGGCGCUUCACAGAACAGCGAAGAAUUGACGUGAAGCCGUACUGGGAGCACGACAAAGGGCUCAGACCUUGGAGCGGAACGGCAGUAGCGCGAUUGAAGCUUGUUGGGGAUCGGGCGAUGUGCUUCCAUGAGACUAUGAUUGAUUAUGCUGGAAGACUAGCCAAAUUGCGCAAGGAGUGGCGCGGUACAGUGAUACCGACAGUUUGUAUGGACGGAAUCAUUUACAGGUAA